CUCGCGGCUCCCGCAGCGGCGGCUGAUUGGCUGGCGGCGGCAGCGCCCGUGCCGGAGGCCCCUUCCCGCUUCCCCCGCCGCUCCCGGGCCGGGCCGCCCCCUCCUCCCCUCCCCCGUCCGCCCCGCCCCACCCCGCCCGCAGCGCGCGCGGCCGCGCCGCCAGCCGCCAAGAUGGCGUCGGCCCUGGAGCAGUUCGUCAACAGCGUCCGGCAGCUCUCGGCCCAAGGGCAAAUGACCCAGCUUUGUGAGUUGAUCAAUAAAAGUGGAGAACUGCUAGCAAAAAAUCUCUCCCAUCUGGAUACAGUGCUUGGUGCCCUGGAUGUGCAGGAACACUCAUUAGGCGUUCUUGCUGUCUUGUUUGUGAAGUUUUCUAUGCCCAGCAUCCCUGACUUCGAAACAUUAUUCUCACAGGUGCAGCUUUUUAUCAGCACUUGUAAUGGGGAGCACAUUAGAUACGCAACAGACACUUUUGCUGGCCUAUGCCACCAGUUAACAAAUGCCCUUGUGGAAAGAAAACAGCCCCUGCGAGGAAUUAGCAUUCUCAGACAAGCCAUAGACAAGAUGCAGAUGAACACAAACCAGCUGACCUCAAUACAUGCAGAUCUCUGCCAGCUCUGUUUGUUAGCAAAAUGCUUUAAACCUGCCCUCCCGUAUCUAGAUGUGGACAUGAUGGAUAUUUGUAAAGAGAAUGGGGCAUAUGAUGCGAAGCACUUUUUAUGUUACUACUAUUAUGGUGGGAUGAUAUACACUGGGCUAAAGAACUUUGAAAGAGCACUCUACUUUUAUGAACAGGCAAUAACUACUCCAGCCAUGGCAGUCAGUCAUAUUAUGUUGGAGUCGUAUAAAAAGUAUAUUCUAGUUUCUUUGAUACUACUUGGCAAAGUUCAACAGCUACCAAAAUACACUUCCCAGAUAGUUGGUAGAUUCAUUAAGCCCCUUAGCAAUGCUUACCAUGAAUUAGCACAAGUUUAUUCAACCAAUAAACCCUCAGAGCUUCGAAAUCUGGUGAACAAACACAGUGAAACAUUCACAAGGGAUAACAAUAUGGGGCUGGUUAAGCAAUGCUUGUCAUCUCUUUACAAAAAGAAUAUUCAGAGGCUAACCAAGACAUUUCUUACAUUAUCAUUACAAGAUAUGGCAAGUCGAGUGCAGUUGUCAGGACCCCAAGAAGCAGAGAAAUACGUCCUCCACAUGAUAGAAGAUGGUGAAAUCUUUGCAAGUAUUAAUCAGAAAGAUGGUAUGGUCUGUUUCCACGAUAAUCCUGAAAAAUAUAACAAUCCAGCUAUGCUUCAUAACAUUGAUCAGGAGAUGCUGAAAUGUAUAGAGCUUGAUGAACGACUGAAAGCCAUGGAUCAAGAGAUCACUGUGAACCCUCAGUUUGUGCAGAAGAGUAUGGGCUCUCAAGAAGAUGACUCAGGGACCAAACCAUCCAGUUAUUCCUGAAAUUAAUGUUGCUCAUCACUCCGCUUUCAAGUAAAAGCUUAAGAGAAUCACGCCUGGAAUAGGGCAUUGAGGAGUUCCAUGAAGAGAGCAGAGAGAACUGAGCUUUGCUUUACACCUGGACAUUAAGAAAAUAAAAGAACACCCUCUCAGUACUGUAUAAUUUCAGAAAUAUUCUCUGCAAAGAAAAAGGAAAUCUCAAAAGAAACUUAAGUCUGUUGUGGAUUUAUUUAUCUUCAGAUUAACAUCGUUAAUGCAUUAAAUAAUCUACCUUUUGUUUUAAA